UGUGAAAUACCACUGUAAGCACAAUUUAAAUCAAUCUACUGUAUCUUUCCAACAACCAAGACAGUAAUUUACAUAACUUUAAUAGCUCACAAUACACAACAACCUAUACCACGAUACUAAUAACAUAAACUCUAAUUUCUGCAAGUGUAACAUGACAAAAAUGUAACUCUAGACUAAAAAUCAGUGAAUUCCAAUGCAAGGAAAUGUCUGUUCUUAUAAUUGCUACAUUCUUUCAUGCUUCAUAUUCACAACUGAAAAUGCAAGGGAAAAAGUACCUAAUGGGUUAUAGGCUACACGAUUGGGGAUCAAUUCCUCAUAAAUUUUUCUUUUGCCCACCUAGCUCUCUAGCCAAUGAGUACCAUGAUUGUUUCCUUCAAGAGAAGUGGCCAGGGCAUGAAGCUAACCACAAUCUUCAAUCCAGAGCAGAUUUAGAAUGCGCUGAGGUACACCUCCACUCCCCAGUGUCUUGAUGAUGGCCCCAUCUGCGGUUCAUGUAACGCAUAAACUGGCUUGCUUUGUGUGUGAAGAAAGCUUAGAAACUGUCAGCUCCCUGCAUUACCACCAAAUGUGCUACCAUACAACGGAGGAACUUUCACUGGCUUUAUUGACUCUGAAGGGGCUUAAGUUGUUGGUUGGGGACUUAGAAGAAGCAACGGAUAGUGAAGAUGCUGUGCUUCGCACAGGCUUAGCUAAGUAUCCACAUUUUCUUUUGAAUGAGAAUUCCAACAAGGCAGAAAGUGAUUCAGAAUCUACUGCAACAGCUGAAUCGUCCAAAUUGCAAGGUGCAAUUUCGACAUUGGAUGGUGAGAGAGUUAGGGUGCCUGUAGUUAGAAUCUAUCAUCGAACAGAUGCAAACAGUGAAGAGCCCUUAAGCAAUCCGUCUACUGAAGAGUUUUCAGAGGACAUUAAUAUAACUCCAUUAAGAAGCAGGAGUGAAUGUAGAACAAGAACCAGAAUGACUUUGAGGAAAAGAAAAAAUGAUCCAAGCAUAUGCAAAGAUACUGGAUUGUCUAAAAGAACUUGUAUUCAGAAGAUCAGGAAGAGGCAAUCGGUUAUGUCCAGCAGAAAGAAUGUUGAAAAAUUUGAGGACCAGAAUAUGGGAAACCUUGAACUGGAAUGUUGCAGUGAUGAUGGAAAAACUAUCAGCGGCAAACAUGAAAAUAGUUCAGAAACUGAUACUGAUAAUGAAGUAAUGAAGAAAUGUGCAUCAGGGUUGGGUCACUCUGUUGAAAGUCAUGUCAGUCAGACAAGGGAUAAAGCUUGUGAUACAUUUUCUACUAUUUUUGCCAAAAGUGAUGUUGAAACUGGUGAAGGUGGAAGUUGUGAGUCUCAGAAAGUCACAACUGACACAGAAUGUCUGACAGAAACUAAUGGCCUAUUGACCAGUUCUCCCAAGACUGAAGCGAACACUCCCAUUCACAAAGGGAGUUCCUGUUCAUCUCCUUCCUCUGUUGAUAGUCUCCUCUCACCAGAUAAUUCUCCACGUCCAGAGCGUUAUAUUAAAGCAAUCAUUUCCAGAUUGCCUAACAUUAUAAUCUCAGAUACUGACCAAAAUACCAAUGUGAAAUCCCAAGGGAGGCGAACCAGUAGGAAGAAACAAAGAACCCCACGAAAGUAUGUUAACGACAGCUAUGUGUUGCCAUCUCCAGUUUCGAGACACCACCGUUCCAGUGUUCAGUAUGAUUACAGUAGCAAGCAACAGAAGAAAGAGAACGUGCAGUUUCAAGACUUCUUUGUUCCAAACGUGCAGUUGCAGAAUGGUAUUGAUGCAAAAUGUGGCACCAGUCCGUUGGAUAUUUCGGAGAAAGAAGUUCAGACAACGAUGAUGAAUCCUUCUGAUGAUGAUUCAGGGAUACAAGUGGAAGAACGGGAAAGAAAAUGUAAAAGGAACGUUGUAGAUGAGUCUACAAGCAAACAAACGCAGACAGGGCUCCUCAGCAUAACAACGCAGCGGCUGGCAGCUUAUCGUAAACAGCCUUCAAGAAAGUGUCAGAAAGAACAGCCUAAUGGUAAGAAAUUAGACUCCAGUCGCAACACAAAUGCUGUGCGACAGAGUGAAGUGCUUGAAAGUGUUGCUGCCAGUGAUUCAAAGACUUGUGUCUUUCCAUCACCAUCAUCACAUGUCAACAAAAAAAGCAAUCAUACUGGCAGUGUUUCAUUAGAGAAAUCAGAAAUCACAGGACAUGGAGCAGAGGGUAAGAUGAAAGUAUGGAGCAAAAGCCUUAUGAAAAUUUACCCGAGAGGAAUGACUGACCGAAGAUUCUUUUGUGAACCUUGUGGCAAAGGUUACAAGAAGAAAUCUCACCUAGAGCGGCACGUGAGAGUCCAUACGGGUGAACGUCCAUUCCAGUGUUCACACUGUGAGAAGCGGUUUGCAGUGCGGUCAAUCUUAAAGCAGCAUGUCCGAACGCAUACAGGCGAGAAGCCAUACUGUUGUACAGUCUGUCAGCAGCGGUUUCCACAGAAGUCUGGUCUCAUGACUCACACUAUGUUGCACACAGGCAAACCAUUUAAAUGUGACCGCUGUGAAAAGGCUUUCGUCUCAAACCACAAGCUUGUUCAACAUCUGAAGAGUCACGGUGGACCUCGCAAGCAUAUCUGUUCAACCUGUAGUACACAAUUUUUUACAGCGGGAGCACUGUUGCAGCAUGAACAGACUCAUAGUCGCAAGGGUCCACACUUGUGUAUGAUAUGUGGGAACAGCUUUCGGCAGGAAACUCAUCUUAAGUUCCAUUUAGAUGAACACUUACAGAAGUUUAACAGUAUCGAUGCACCAACCUAGCCUACAUGUCUUGUAUUUAGUGUACAGAUGUCAGUGACCUCUCUUUGUUUUCGGAUAUGUAAUAGAACAUUAGAAAGUGCUGAUAUGUUAUUCUGCAUGUUGCCACCAGGUGGUGAAGUGGCUAGUACGUUAUGUGUACGUGAGAAGUUGGUGAAAUCACUGUCACAGAAAUUCCAAGAAGUGAUCUAAAGUGACCCUAAAAUAUUGGAUCUCUUGAACAAUAAUUUUUCACAGAAUAAAUUGCAGGAAGCUGUCCCUUGUGAUAUUAUGUGGCACUUAGAGAAAGUGGCAUCUCUCAGUCUUUCUCCUGUAGCCUGUACUUAUAUGUAGGCAACAGGAAUGUUGCUAAUGGAAAAUUCAUACUUUGGUAAAUAUUAAUGUAAUUCAUGUAUGUUAAUGAAUUCAGUGUAACUGUGCAAUUCAUGCUGGCUGCCUUUGACAAGGUGUGAUAUUUAUGUGGUAUAUAUUGAAAAUGGUUUCAUGGAAAUGGAUUUUUAAGUUUAAAGCUAUUCUGUGCACAGUGUAUGUGGCAGUUUUGUUUAAUCACUUUCCUUCUGCCUUGCCUCACGCCAAGUAGCUCUGUCCUCUUAUUGUCAUCCUGGGUCCCAGGCUAGAUACGGACUCGAGUAGAUUUUUAUUUUAAGUUGCACCAGUUAUUGCUGUGAGAAUGUGGGCAUGGUUCCACAUUUUUUGGUAUUAACUGUAUAAGAUUAUAACAGUGAAGGUUUUGUUUUGGUCUGUUCAGAAUUUAUAAAAUUCCAGCAAGAAAUGUUAUCACAAAGAAGUAAACAAGCUAUAAGUCAGAAGUUCUUCAAACCCCACAGUCUUAUUUACCUUCCUUUGAUGUUUCCACUUUUAUGAGGUUCAACUACAGGGUGUGUCACUUGGAGGAAGCUCUGAAUUGAUAAUUAUAAAUCAUGCCAUAAUUUACUAAUGGAAACAAAAUUUGGUGAGUGUGUACCAUGGUAGAAUUGGAGAUGAUUGAGUUACCAAAGGUGCUGAAAUUGGUUUCUCCUCUAUUGGAGACACAGUCUGCUUAGUCAUAUACAUUAUUCCACCAUGUAACAUGUGGAACCACAGACUGAAGGAAAUGGUACAAACUGGGCAGGCAGGCAGGUAGACAGACAGACAGACAGACAGACAAUGGGUCAGUGUCGCCAACCCCAGUUUUAUCACUAAAUUAUUAAGUGAUUUAUAAUAAUUAAUGGAACCUCCUACAAUUAAUCAUUCUGUAUGAAACUGCACAGUGUACAGAACUUGCAUACACAGCAUUAGCUGUGGUAAUUGCCUUAUGGUUAAUGUGUUUCAGGUUAAUGUUCACUAUAUAGGGUGUCACAAAUGGAAGUUUGAAGAGUGUUACAUUCUGGGAUGUAUUGCCUUGCAGCUUGGUUGAAGUUUUAGAGGAAUGUAGUUCUGCAACUUGAAGGUCAAAUAGUGAACCAAGGAAGACACCAGCAAACUGCAAGUAGAGCUGUGCUUGCUUCGUGUAGACUUCUUGCUUGGUUUACCGUUUAGUUCUGAAGGCGGAGGCAGUACAUUCCUGUGAAACAUCAGUGAACUUCUACUGAACUACAGGUUGUCACAUCCCAGAAGGUACUAUGCUUCACAGUCACUGCUGUGAGAACCAGAUAUCCACAGCUGAUACAUAUAUCAUUUGGCAGUGCCUAGGAUGGUGAUGUGGUUUUCACUGGUAGAGAAAAACGAAAUUUAGCCAUUAUUCAAUUUCUGUUCUUAUUCAGAUAGCUAAAAUUUUUAAAAGAGCUGGAGGGGUACUUGUGCCAGCUGACUGAUCACCUCCUUCCAAUUAAGAUAGCUGAAAAUUCCUCAAAACCAAAAUAUUGUAUUAAUAUUAUAAUUCAAGAAUUCACAUAGGAUUGCUAACUAGCCUUUUUAUAAUAAUAUUUUUUCAAGCUUGAAACUUCAGAUGUGACUUCUCUCGCCUAUCAGAAAUUUACAUGCUUCAUGACGAAUAUUAAUGAUCACGUUUUGAUUUCCUGGUGUAUCUUAAUUACAAAAGAGAAUUAGAACCAGAGGUUUGUCCAGUUGCACUAUGAAUCACAUGCUGUUGGCAUUUAAUUUCACUCUUUCAUGCCCCAUAACUAAAUAUGUUUAAAAAUAUGAACGAUUUUGUACAUCAUCUUGUACAUUUUGUAUGCAGUUCUGUGAUAGGGGCCAGGCUGAACACAAGUCUCUCUGCUGCAAAUUGUGCCUGCUUUGUGGUGUUUUUGCAUAUCUGGCACAUAUGUUCUUGUGUUACAAAUUUGGUAAUUUGCAGAAAAGCAAGCGUUCAUAUGUCUCUAUUAUAUGAGUAUGGAUAUUGAAAUUAUUUCUGUUUAUGUUAUAGGGAUGUGUUGUAAUGAAAGUAUGGGUGGUAUUCAUUGUGUGAAUCAUAUGACAGAGGAUAACAAACUCUUUAUUUUCAAGUGCCUGGUACUUCUCUGCCCCUUAUAUCACGUUAUCCUUAGUUCUUUAGUCUCACAGUUCAUUUUAUCUCCUGAUAGGAGAUCCUUGUAUCAGAAAUUUGUACAUAAAAAUAUUUGAGUUUAGAGAAUGUUUAAUGAGAGACAGGUUUGUGCCUAGCAGUUAAGUGCCAGAGAAAUGGGCACAAUGCUCUGGACAUGUGAAAACAGUUGAUAGGCCAAAGUUACUGAGAAGGGCAUAAGAAUUCAAAUUUAGUUAGAAGAAACAUAAGGUAAACACAGAACAAGAUAUUUAAUCAGGUACUGGAAGACAUCAAUAAAAGAGGAAAUUGGCGGCAAUACAAUGAGAAGGAAGGACUGUGAAAAGAAAGCAAGGUUUGGAAACUUUAACUUUCUGCCUUUCAGUUUAUAUAUAAACGAAAGUGAUGUGGGUAGAAAAGAAAACAAAGUAAAAUAGCAGUCCUGAAUGGGUGAUAAUAUUUUAGCAUAUAAUAAUACCAGAUUCAGGAGAUCAAACCUAAAAAAGAAUUAUUUUUACAUGGCAAAACCAUUGUAAUUGUUUCUUUUCUAAUUAUAAUAAUGAGUGAAUUCCAAUUUCUCUCGAAAGUGUCGUUCUAGAUUCAACUCCUCCUUGUUUGUCCCUCAUUACUUCCUCAAAACUUUCAUAUCAGUUGCUUGGAUUUUGCAGUUUUUCUUGGCAAGGGGCCAUUCUUCACUGUUAAUGUGUUAAUAUUGUUUAAAAUGUAAUCUCUAGAUUUCUGUUUUGCAUUUUUGCCUUUUCCCAUAAAAUGUAAUGAAAUUUUUGUAUAAUGUAAAACAAGCUAUACCAUCAGUUACAAUGGAAAUUUUCAAUAUGAUGAGUUUGUACUUAUCUUAAGUUAAUCAUGAAUAUCAAUAUUGUGUUGUUAUUUUUCCCAAGUUUGUUGAUAGGAGGUAAAGAUGAAGAUGGUAAAAUAAUAACUUCGUUUGUCCAAAUGGCUAUGUGAUAGUUCUUGUUAUAGUUUCAAAAAGUUGUCCUGCACAUAGGCCAUGUCACACUCUCACCAUGUUCAUUCAUUGUUUUUCUAUGCAUACCUUUCCAACAACUGCGAGAGAAUUUGGGUUUAAAAUGCUGGUUAAAGAGUGAUGCAUAUAAUAGUUAUGGAAAUCGUGUGUAGACACAUAAAUAACCUUCGAUAAGUAAUGUUACAUGUGCUAACUCUGUACAGUCACAGCCCAGUUGUAUUUGCAGACUGUAAGGCAUGGGAAAUCCAGAUUGUUUUAAUUUAUUUUGUAGUAAUACUUUAUAUAAGUAAAUGACUUGGUUUUGUUAACUUGUUGAUUUUUAUUUGAAAUGCAAAAUAACAUUUCAUAGCAAGUAGGAAAGCUUUUUGUCACUGAAUACCCUGAAAAUCAAAGCAUAUCAGGGUCAUAUAUUUCAAUAAACAUAUAAUUUGCUGAUCCAUCAUGACAGUACAGACGCCAUCUGGCACCACUGCAAACUGUGUUUCUGCAGGACAGUGAUAAUUUCAAAGAAAUACAUUAAAUAUGUCUUUUAUUAAUUAUAGCAGAGCUUUUCCUACCGUUAAGGUAAACUUGAACAUUGUCACACAAAAAGAAAUUGAGUGGAAGCUUACAUAUCCAUAUUAGGGAUGGGCUGGUUCAGACCUUCCAUGUUUUAGCAUGAACCACUUCCACUUCAAUGUAAGUGAGUCAGAUCUGCAGAAAUAUCAUGUUACAGACAUAGUAUGACAGAAAGGGUCAGUAAAAAUAUUUUUAAGUUCAUGUGCUUGUAUUUGAUUGUCAGCCCAGAAGAUGGUAAUCCUUCCUGAGGUAUUUUAUGGUUUACCUCAGUCCUCCAGGCAAAUGCUGGGAUAGUUUCUUGAUUACCUUUAUUUUUUUUUUUAAUUCACUUAGU